CAUACAGAACGAGUUGUUUGUUGACAAUAAAACGAUGUCUUGAUACGACGGACGCGAGUGUCUGCUACAUAUAUCGAACAUCAAAACAGUUUCUCUCUCUUUUUUCGAGAGAAACUUCUGCAAGUAGCUCAUGCAGCCGUCAUGCAGCGCUUAGAUUAGAGAUUUGACGGAUGCGAUGUGGACCCACAGGUUGGCCCGUUUAGCGUCAAUCAGAUGGCACACAACGUAUCAGCCAUUAAGACUCCAUCAAAAGCAUCUGACCACUGCUCAGACAUCCGAGUUCCUCAGACCAUUCAUCUUUGCUGUCCAUCCAGACUUCUUUGGUAGACAUCCCAAAGAAAGAGCAGUGAAUGAGUAUUCCUUGCAGCAGUUGUAUAACCACUUGGAGAACAUCAGACAACAAUCAGUACAAGCUUCUCCUAAAGAUUUGACAUUCUACUUACGCAACAGUCAGGGUCAAGCCUUUCGCACAGUCACAGUCAGCCUACUGACUCGAGAUGUCUACACUACUGUCAGUAACAUCUUGAAGACGUGCAGCCUGUCCACCAAAGAUCUGCAGGGGUUCUCACCAAACCCUGCAGCCCCAUUCCCCCGGCCGAUCGACUGGCAUCAUAGCUACUACACCUACACAGGGAAGAAGAAUCCCAAUGUAGCAACCCAUCAGGCGAGACACAGGGCAAAAGACUCUCUUAGGUAUUUUCUCAAGACGACCAUCGUUGAGGCCAGAAAGAACAUAGAGUCCAGCCUCCCAGUGCGUGAGGAGACAGAUCGGCUCCACGCCAUUCUCCAAGAGGAUCUUCAACUGGAAGACUUGAGGUGGAUGUCGAGGUGGGACUUGAAUACAUUCAGAGCAUGCUUGAAGUCGCUAGGGAAGCUUCUGCGGGAACACCCUGAUAUCAUCAACAACUUGAAAGGAAAGACGCUGGUGAUUUGUAACUUCACUGGGGUCACCAGAGAAGGUUACAUCAUGCUGAGUAGUAAAGAUGUUGAACAUCAAUGGCUUUCAUCUCUUAGCAGCUUGCCUCGUCAAAUGAGGAUCCUUUGCAGCCUCUCCACAGCAGAGCGUCAUCUCUCCGACGCCCUCGGUGGUGUCACCCUAACGAGGGCAUGCUCCAUCUACGUCAUGCCCGCAGGGAUCUACCUCGGCCUACUCAAGAAACUUGACAACGCACUCCGAAGGUUCAGUCAGACCACCGAGGGUCAAAGGUCGCUUCAGAGGAUCGGGAGGGGUGCCCUGGCAAACAUUGAAAUGAAUGUAACCAGUGAUUCUGGUAGACUGUCGGCUUUCUCAGACGGUACUCUUCAUGUUACUGCCUCGACUCAACCUCUAGAUUUAAUUGACUUCCUUCUCGAGAAUAAACACAAAGUCAAAUAUAUCAAACGGAAACAUCAGAGAUGUCUUCUUGAAGAAACUGCUGCGAUCCAGUCCUGCAUGGAGGAACUUAACCUAGCAGGGUUAACCAAAGAAGACUCGGUCACUGCAGAGGAAAUGAUGUUGUGCUGUAAAAGACUUAUUGAGAAUCCUGUUGAACUUGGCGUGUCGUUGAACGACACAAGACUAUGCAUUGGUCACAUCUACACAAAGCGCUGGGGUGGAGAGCUGUGCAUACCUUGGAACUGGAACUAUUAAGGAGAAAACUUACAAUGUAUUCGUUGGUGCAUCAUUUCAGAAUUCAGAAUUUUUGAAAUUUCAUCCUUCUCACUGCUAAGGCACUUCAUCAACACGCUCCAAUCUACAGCAAGUGUAUCUGCAUAAUGUCGGGCCUGUUAUUCCCUAACAUCACAUGGCCAUAUUGAGAGCUACACUUAAGGAUGCUAUGUCAGUUUUUUGGCCGAUUUGACCCCAAAAUUUUGAUAUAAAAUUCAAUAGGUAUUUUGAUGGGGGUCGAGAAAGUUACAAGCUUUCAUUUGAACCAUUGCUCGAAAUGUUCUACAAUUAUUAGUAUAGUGAAAUACAGUGCUCAAAAUUAGUUUUUGUCGGGAUCCCGACAAUAUAUCACGUGACCAUUUCUUAUGUGUUUUAUAAG